AUGGGUUUGAGUUCAGUGAGAUAUUUAUCCCUUUUGGUUCUUGUAAUGACAGCAACUUUAAGGAUGACUGAAGGCGAAGUCGAUGAGUGGCACGACAGUAUUGGAACGGAGAAGGUAACUCGAUUACAUUUCUACAUGCAUACAUCAUCAACUAGCAAAGAUCCAACUGUGGUAACAAUGGCUGAAGCACCAACAACAAAAGACUCGCCUUCUUCUUUCGGUUUACUGGGAAUGACGGACAACAUUUUAACAGAAGGACCCGAACCUACAUCUAAGUACUUGGGUCGUGCUCAGGGAUUAUUGGCUGCGUCUUCUCGAGAGGAAUGGACUCUGGUAAUGGCUACGGGUUUUGUGUUCAAAGAAGGGAGUUUCAGUGGAAGUAGUCUAAGUGUUCUUGGUAGAAACACAUUCAUGGAUUCGAUUCGUGAGCUGCCUGUUGUUGGGGGAACUGGUUUGUUCCGAUUCGCUCGUGGGUUUGCUGCUGUGAAAACUUACUGGCAAAAUACGACUACCCACGAGUUGAUCGAAGAAUACCAUGUUACAGUCAUGCACUAUUGA